AUGGACGCGUCCCAAGGUGAACCCUUCCAUCAUGAAGGUCUUCAUGUCCAGAACAUGUACUCCGGACCGAUCCGAGACUGGGCGUCCGGAGCCUCUCAGCCAGCCCAUAUCCCAUUCCAGCCUUCGACACCCUCUAUGGGCAUUCAAUACGGCGGCCUGCACCAUAGUCAAUGGGCCUGCGUCCCUCAGCAGAUGCAAAACGACUUUGAACAGGAUAGCGGAACCGACGGGGAGCGUUUCGACGAACCCAUUGCGUCUGAUGUAUUGGUGGGAAGCUCACCAAACUAUCUAUAUGGAGCCGAGAGUAACUCUCUAUUUUCGUAUGGUCUCCCGCCUGAUAACAACCCAGUUGCGGUCUACAACUCUUCGACCAGCCCGGCAUCGUACGCUCCCGAGACUACAGAUCCAAAUAGGCUACCGCCUGAUCAGGCUUCAGUUGGCAGUAAACCAAAGUAUUAUUGGGAUGGCAUGCUGUAUUGCUGCGCUUUUAUUCAUCCCAAGACCCUAAAGCUAUGCUCAAAGCCCUUCCCCCAUCCCAAGACCCUAAAACUAUGCUCAAAACCCUUCCCUUACUGGGAUGCGGUCGUUAGCCAUUUCGACGAGUAUGUUGUUAUGUCUGCGAUCAAGGGAAUCUCGGAAUAA